AUGGCAGAAGACGGACUGGUGCAGAUCCUGGCACUCCUUGUGUUGGACACUGACGGUGGGCGUUUGGCCGUCAAGUACAAUUCAUAUGCGCGCAAGGACCUCUGGCCGACCGUCAAGCAGCAAGUUGCCUUUGAGAAACGGGUCAUCAACAAGCUGCCCAAACCAUCUGCGACUCGAAGCGAUGUGGACGUGGCAGUGAUUGAUGAUUACACGGUGAUAUUUCAGGCCUGCAAUGACGUAGUUGUGGCCGCCGUAGCUGCAUCUAGCGAGAACGAGCUUGUCAUGCUGGAGCUUGCGGAAGGCAUGUACAAUGCCCUCUCGAACGCGUGCCAAAGUCAAAGCUUUUUGUCAUCAGGGUUGACAAAGCAGCUCGUGCUGGAUAGUCUUUCCGACGUUCUCUUCAUCCUGGAUGAGGUCACCGACAACGGUGUCAUAAUGGAGACAGAUGACGAGAAGAUCUCGGCGCGAAUCAAGAUGAUUGAUGAGACGGAAGUUACUCAGAGUGCCCAGGCCGAACAGAUGUUCCAAAAAGCGACUCAAAGUGCGAAGCAGAAACUGCUUGGAUCGCUGAUGGGCAGUCGGGGUUGA